AUGUUGUCUCGUACUGCUAUCCGUUCUGCUAGCAGAUCCAUUGCUGCUGUUAAUGUCGCCCGUGCUAUGAACAGGGUUGCUAGACCUGCCAUGCUCAUUGCCGGCAGAAGAUACGCUUCUGCCAAGCCACAACCUACUGAAGUCUCCUCUAUCUUGGAAGAAAAGAUCAGAGGUGUGUCUGAAGAGGCCAACUUGAACGAAACUGGUCGUGUUUUGUCCGUCGGUGACGGUAUCGCCCGUGUUUUCGGUUUGAACAAUGUGCAAGCUGAAGAAUUGGUUGAGUUCUCCUCCGGUGUCAAGGGUAUGGCCCUUAACUUGGAACCAGGUCAAGUCGGUAUUGUGCUUUUCGGUUCUGACAGAUUGGUCAAGGAAGGUGAAGUUGUCAAGAGAACUGGCCAAAUUGUUGAUGUGCCAGUUGGUCCAGCCAUGUUGGGUAGAGUUGUAGAUGCUCUAGGUAACCCAAUUGACGGUAAGGGUCCAAUUGAAGCCGCUGGCCGUUCCAGAGCUCAAGUCAAGGCACCAGGUAUUCUACCAAGAACCUCCGUUCACGAGCCAGUCCAAACUGGUUUGAAGGCUGUCGAUGCUUUGGUCCCAAUUGGUAGAGGUCAAAGAGAAUUGAUCAUCGGUGACCGUCAAACUGGUAAGACCGCUGUCGCUUUGGACACCAUCUUGAACCAAAAGAGAUGGAACAGCGGUGCUGAUGAAAAGAAGAAGUUGUACUGUGUUUACGUCGCUGUCGGUCAAAAGAGAUCUACUGUCGCUCAAUUGGUGCAAACUUUGGAACAACACGAUGCUUUGAAGUACUCCAUCAUCGUUGCUGCCACUGCUUCUGAGGCUGCCCCUCUGCAAUACAUUGCCCCUUUCACUGCUGCCGCUAUCGGUGAAUGGUUCAGAGACAACGGUAAGCAUGCUUUGAUUGUCUACGACGAUUUGUCUAAGCAAGCUGUUGCCUACCGUCAAUUGUCUUUGUUGUUGAGACGUCCACCUGGUCGUGAAGCUUACCCUGGUGAUGUUUUCUACUUGCACUCUAGAUUGUUGGAGAGAGCUGCUAAGAUGUCUGACAAGAACGGUGGUGGUUCUUUGACUGCUUUGCCAAUCAUUGAAACUCAAGGUGGUGAUGUGUCUGCUUAUAUCCCAACUAACGUUAUUUCCAUUACUGAUGGUCAAAUUUUCUUGGAAGCUGAAUUGUUCUACAAGGGUAUCAGACCAGCCAUCAAUGUCGGUUUGUCCGUCUCUCGUGUCGGUUCCGCCGCUCAAGUUAAGGCUCUAAAGCAAGUUGCUGGUUCUUUGAAGCUGUUCUUGGCUCAAUACAGAGAAGUCGCUGCUUUCGCUCAAUUCGGUUCUGAUUUGGAUGCUUCUACCAAGCAAACUUUGGCUAGAGGUGAAAGAUUGACUCAAUUGCUAAAGCAAAACCAAUACUCUCCAUUGGCCGCCGAGGAACAGGUUCCAUUGAUUUACGCUGGUGUUAACGGUUACUUGGAUUCCGUUGACUUGAGCAGAAUCGCCGAAUUUGAAUCCUCCUUUUUGGCAUACUUGAAGUCUAACCACGAGGAAAUUCUAAGCACCAUCAGAGAUAAGGGUGAAUUGACCAAGGAUCUAUUGGCCACAUUGAAGUCUGCCACCGAGUCUUUCGUUGCUACCUUCUAA